CAUCACACAGGGGAGUGAGUUCGGCUGAAAUUACCGAGAAGUUGAUAACGGUGCUCUUUUGCAGUUUCGCUUCCAUACGAAUACAGAGGGAACUGAUACCAGGUUGAGUUUAAGACUGCACAAUUAUCGCUCCUUUCCAAAAACUACGUCCCAACUUUGUACUUUCUGACCUUCAGCGGUUUUCCAGCCCACUCAUAGGCAGGCACCCAGUCAUGUAGAGACCAACGCGUGGAGGACAUCCAGAUCACUUUCAGCACUUUCUACACAAAGAGACACCCCACCACUCUUCGGGCUGGACUGCACAGUGACAGCAGCCCGCCCCCCGCUUCCCCCAGCCAUGUCGUCACGCAUCGGCCUGCGCCUGCAGCUCAUGCGGGACCAAAUGCAGCAGGAGGAGCAGCGGGAGCGGGAGCGGGAGCGGCAGCAACAGGCAGCGUCCAUGCAUUACAUGCAGCAACGCAUGCCAGGCCCACCAGCGCCCUCGCCAGCCAUCAGCGCACCAACACACUUCCAGGCACCCAUGCAGGUGCCCGUUGACGUGUUAAAGGUGCAGACCCAUCUUGAGAACCCCACGGACUACCACAUUCGACAGUCUAUGCGGCAGCAAGUCAAGGAGUACCUGUCCACCACAUACGCCACCAAGCAGGCUGUACAUGCAGUCACAAGCUUGGUACAGCCCUCUCCACCCCCCAUGCCCCAGGGUCAGACAGGAAGCGUUCCAUCGACCAUGCCCUCUCCAUGCAUGCGCACUGAGCAGCUCAUGAACUCUGCUGGGAACAGCGCACCCAACAGUCCCAUGGCCAUGCUCAACAUCGGCUCCAGCCAUGAGAAUGAGAUGGAUGAGGUUAUUGAUGACAUCAUCAGCCUGCAGUCCUGUUAUGAUGACAUCCAGACUUAUAUUGACCCUGUGGUCCAGAUGCCAAACACCCUUCCACUGUCCAGCAGCCAUUUGGAUGUGUACACGGGGCCAGGAAUGUCUGGAUCAGCUAUUGCCAUGACCAGCAAUUCCUGCCCUGCCAACCUGGCCAUCAAGAGAGAGCUGUCAGAUGCAGAAGCUCGUGCAAUGGCUAAAGAGAGGCAGAAGAAAGACAACCACAACCUGAUUGAAAGGAGGAGAAGGUUUAACAUCAAUGAUCGAAUUAAGGAGCUGGGCACCAUGAUCCCCAAAACCAAUGAUCUGGAUGUACGCUGGAAUAAAGGCACUAUUCUGAGGGCCUCUGUGGAGUAUAUUAAACGCAUGCAGAAGGACAUCCAGAGAACCAGGGAGGUGGAGAACAACUUCAGGAGGAUUGAGAUGGCCAACAAACAGCUGUGGCUCCGCAUUCAGGAGCUUGAGAGGCAGGCCCAGAUGCAUGGCCUCCCAAGCACCUCUCCAUCCGGUCUUAGCAACACUGAGGUUCUAAACUCCUUCGUCAAGCAGGAGAACAGUCCUGAGGAGAACCACCUCACACAUCUGCCCCAUCUCCCUCCUCACUACCCCCAUCAUCAGCAGCACCAGGGUCAGCCGCAGCCCCACACUCAGCUCCACCAGCACCAGAACCAGCACCAGAACCAGCACCUUCACUCCCAGCCCCCGCUGCAGUACCCGGCCGUGGGCAGCUCCCAGCACUUUGACUAUGCCCAGUCGCUGGACUUAUGCGACAGUGGCAUCCCAGGAUAUCAGGAUGGCUUUGGGGGCAUUGGGGAUCUCGGCUUGUUGGGCGGAAGUGUCGCGACAAUGGGAAAGAAGAGCGAACUGGGCUUCUUGCUGAUGGAAGAGGCCCUGUCACCGUUAGGAGAAGACCCACUGCUGUCCACCAUAUCCCCCGAGGCUUCUGUGGACAGCAGCCGCCGUAGCAGCUUUAGCAUAGAGGACUCAGACAUACUGUGACCUGGACUAAGUAUUGCUGCACAUUGUGCAUAUGAUGUGACAUACACACACACAUAGAGAUGUUGCAUUUAGUCUGGCACACUGUUAACAGGGAAAGGUACAAUACUGAUGCACCCAGCCACCCUGGGAUAAUGUGUUUAGCUACUUUUUUAUCUUUUAAGUCUGACAUGCAAGAAACAAGAAACAUGGUUUUAGUGAAGUCGUGCUACAAUUUUUGUACCACAACUGUCACAGAAAUGAAAAUAGGCGUAUAUUCAUAAAUGCAAUAUAGACUAACUGAUCAAACAGAACUGAGACGCUUGAAUUCUAUCACUGAGAAUUGACCCAUAUUGAAUAUUCUGUACAAAAAGAUCUCCUCAGAAACACACAGGUUGCCAUAAAGGGAUAGCUCACCCAAAAAUGAAACUCAAUUGUCACUCUCUAUAUGAAUUUUUUUAACACAAAAUAUAAUAUUUGGAAGAAUGUUGGUAACCAAAGGUAGCCAUUGACUUCCAUAGUAUGGAAAAAAUACUAUUGAAGUCAAUGGCUACCAGCAACUCAUUGGUUACCAACAUUCUUCUUUUGUUUAGAAUAACAUGUAAAUUAUGUCAUUUUCAUUUUUGGCUGUGAAAAAUGAACUUUUAUACUCCGAACCACUUUUACAGUCCAAACCACACUCUCACAUUCUCAAUUUGUAGAAUUAUAUUUUUUCUACUUUAAAAUAUAUCAGCCAUUUCCCACAUGUGAGACUGUCACACACACUUAAUGUCUUCUAAAUCCAGACAGAAGUGAUUAUUGUAGGAUUAGUUUUUUUAUUUUUCACUUGAAAUAUAACGCUACAUCUGAGCUUUUAAACAUGAGGCCUGCUGUAUCAGAGCAAUAUGAAAAGGCAGCUUAUCUUUAAAAGUAGGAAUGAAAGGGUUCCCACAGCCAUGGAAAACCCGGAAAUAUCAAGAAAUUGUGUUUUCUUAAUUUAGAUUAAAACAUUUAUACAAUCUUAGAGAAAAGUAAUGUGACUUUUAGUCAGUUGUGAGUGAAUCAUUCCUUUGAUUCGUUUCUUUUAAAUGAAACUGAUUCACUAAACAGUCUGAAUGAUUAAUCAGUGAAUCUGUCUGAAUUUGAGUGAUUUCUAAAAGUCUUUAUCCAUUAAUCACACUGAAAACGGUCAAAGAGUAUAGGAGCAUGUCUUCUCAUUGAUCAGUCCAGGUCUUACUCAGGUGUGACUCUCCACCACCAUGAAGGAAGCUGCCAUAUCGCCUUUUAGCAUUAGUUUUACACAUGGUUUUUAUGUAGCUGCUGUUGUUGAAGAAUCGUUGAUGCCAGGAAUCUGUUCGUAUAACAGGCCAGACCAGGUGCAAGUGUGACAGACAGUACAUUUAGUGGAAGGUGCAGCAGACUGCACUAUAAAUUAACUUUGUUAGAGGCCACACACUCCAACUAAGGUGCCUUAAAGCCAAGGCCAGAUUCUUCAAGAAUCACACGCUCAAACGCUCCUGUUGGCACUCCGUAAUAUCAAGCUGACAGCUGUGAGCCCCGUUUGCCAAAGUGAAGUUCAUACAGUUCAAGGUGCCUUUCAGGAAACCUGGAUCAACAUGAAAUUUGAUCCAGCUUUUGAGCUGUCCCGUGAAGGAGGCUGAAUAUGUAGAAAAGAUACAUGUAUUAUUAUAGGUUUUGUAUUU